AUGGAUAAUCCGCAAAAACUCAUUCCAAUCGUCUUGAAUGGCGACAAUUAUUUUUAUUGGACAAAAGCUGCUACUGCAGCCCUCAACAGCAAGGGUCUUUGGGACCAUGUCGUGUCUCAGAAGGGUCCCUCCCCACAAGUCCUGGCUGCUGAAGGCGAAACUGCAGAACAGACAGCACUUCGACAACAACAGACUGAUGCAGACUUCAACAAAAAAUGGAAACAGGCUGAUAGCCAAGCCUUGGUCAUUCUUCAAGGCUCCCUUGAGCCCCAUAUUCUGCAGUCGUUCAUCUCCAAUGAUACCGCGAAAUCGCUUUGGGAAUCCUUACAAAGCGUCUACGGUAAUCUGUCAAACAUAAGUCGUAUUUUCGAACUCAAGAAACAGCUUUUUCAUUUACAGCAACACGAUCAACCGUUCAACAAAAUUCAAGGGGAAUUUUGUGCACUAUGGGCUGAACUCGAGGAAAUACGACCUACUUCAACUGAUCCGAAAAUUGUCAUGGAGAGAGCACAAGAAGAUAAGGUGUUUUCCAUUCUUCUUACACUUAAUGCCUCUUUCAAUCACUUGGUUUAUCAUCUCCUUCGCCAAAUUAAACUUCCUACGUUUGAGGAAGUUUGUAUGAUGGUGAAACGAGAGGAAGGGGGCCACAAUCUCUUCGCAGGUCCACAUGAGCUUGCACACUACACACAGAAAUCACACUCUGCUCCCUUCCCACGUCGCGAUCGUAGAGAAUUCUUUUGUGACCAUUGCCGAAGAAACGGACACUCAAAGGAGCGUUGCUGGGUUUUGAAUCCACAUCUGAAACCUCCAAAGUUCAAGGACAACAGUCGAAAAGGAACAGCAAUGACGGCUGCCCAUGUCCCUUCACCCACCGAGAAUGGCAUCAGUCUAACUUCUGAAGAAAUGAAAGGACUAAAACAUCUUCUGCAGUCCUUGCACAAAGAUACCGGUAACUUCACCUUUCACUCUGAUAUAGUUAUUGAUUCCGGUGCAACGACACAUAUGUUUAAAGAUGCAAAUUUGUUUCACACUAUAUUUAACGGUCAUGGUUUUGUUUCGGUUGCCAAUGGUAAGAAUGUCUCCAUUAAAGGGUAUGGAUACUAA